AUGAAGAUCGCUGACUUCGCUCGUGACUACCGAUCAGAUGAUGCUAUUUAUUGGUAUACAAAACCUUGUUUUCUUCAUCAGUUAAUCAAUAAAGCUUUACGCUGGGACAGUGUUAUGGCAUCGUAUACGUUUCGUUAUUUCAUCAUCGACUUAAGUGUACGCAUACGAGAAAUGGCUAAAGAUACUAAACAGUGUCAUAAUUCGCCAUUUCGUGUUUACCGUGGAUCCAUCAUUUGUCGAGAGGAAGUGGAACAGUUAAAUGUUGGUACACUAGUGGCAACCAGAGGUUUCUUUUCAACAUCCAAGAAUUCAGACGUUGCUAAACAGUUCCUUGCGAUUGAUCCUGAUACAAACAUGCCCCCGCACCGCAGUAUUGAAGAUAAACAGCAAUUUGUUCUAUUCAAGAUUGAUGUAGAUUAUAUUCGCUCGCCCAAAAUUAUUGUAGCAGAUGUGUCAUCUCAGAGCGCUGUUCCUGAAGAACAUGAAAUGAUUUUCGAUAUCGGCACUACUUUUAUUAUUAAGAAAAUUGUGUAUGAUAGCGGCCAUAAAAUGUGGUUCAUUUACUUGGAAUCAUCUUCAGAAGUCGAUAGGCUGAAUCUUAAAUAUAGACUGGACACUCGAACACGUUUGGCUGAUACUCCUGCGAUGGUACUUUUUGGUAGAUAUUUAUCUGAUGUGUCGAGCAAAAAUAGAGAAGCUCUGGAAUAUUUUCAACGUCUAUUACGCUCAGUAACAGUGCAUGAUGAAAAUCGCCCUCAAAUUUACUUCAGCUUAGCACGUAUUUAUCGUGUAAUGGGCAAAUACGAGCACGCCAUCCAUUAUUACCGAUGUGCUCAACUAUUAUAUCGACGCACAUUACCUCAAUCGAGCCUUGGUUACGGUUGCAGUUUGUCUGGUCUCGGAACCGUAUACUCUCUUUUAGGAGAUUCUGCCCGAGCCUUAUCUUUUUGUACACAAGCAAUGAUUAUUCACCAGCACUGCCUAACAAACAAUCAUCUUGAGAUAGCCAUGAAUUGCAAUCGUGUAGCAACUGCAUAUUGGUUGUGCGGGAAUUAUGCGCAUGCACUUCUACUGUUAUCACGUAGUGUAAAUCUUUAUAAACAAAAUCUUCCCACAGACCACCCAUGCAAGGCGCAAUCCUUUCACAUAAUGGGCCUAGUGCAUUCUUCAUUAGGAAAUUGUGGACAGGCUCUUGCUUGUUACAAGACAGCUUUAAAUAUGCGGGAAUCAAUGUUAGGCAAAGAUCACCAUUUAGUUGCUUUUACAUGUUAUCGACUAGGACUUUUCUAUGCUAAUCAAGCCAACACGAAGUCAGAAGCUCUUCAAUAUGCACGAAGAGCACUGCGGAUCAUGCAAGCUAGACUGCCAAAGAAUCAUCCUGAUGUAAAGAUGAGCAUGAAACUUGUUGAAAAUCUGUCACAGCAGCACUGA